AUGGCGAAACGCAAGAAAUCCGAAUCCAGUUCACAAUCCGUGGGUAAUGGGAGUAGCAUAUCGGAGUAUGAGGAACAAAGACUACGGAGAAUUGCAGAAAACCAAGCGAAGUUGAAGGCUAUGGGUUUACCCCAAAUGGUCUCUUCCUUGAAAACCUUGCCUCAGAUUAAGCAAUUGAAGAAGGGAAAGGAAAAUGUUGAAGAUGAUGAUGAAGAGUAUAUACCAGAAAAUGAAGAGGAACGAGAAACCGAAUCAGAUUCUUCUGGUGAACAUGACUCUGAGUUUGAAAAUGCUUCUGGGUCACGGAAAAGGAAGGCGAAGAGCAAAAGUUUGAAGGUGAAAAGUAGAGUAACCGGAAAGAAGCGCGGUGGUAAUUUAGAUUAUGUUGAUGAAGAAGAAGAAGCUUGGCUGCAGGCGAUUGCUCUUUCUCUGCAAAAUUCUGCAGAACCUUCAGGUUGCUCUAACAUGAAUGUAGGGAACAUCAGCAAGGCCGAGAAAAAGGAAAACAUUCACACUCAAGAAGAUAGGGAACAAAAGAACAAAAAAUCGUUUUUUAGUCGGCUGCAAAUGACUGAAGACGAAUUUAUUGUACACUUCUUCCAGCUUGAUGAAGCAGGAAAAGGAACCGUAACAAAAAGGGAUUUAGAACGAGCUGCUAUAACUCAUGAUUUUGCAUGGACAGACAAUGAGUUGGUUGAUAUGAUUCGCUGUUUUGAUAGUAACGGAGAUGGAAGGCUAAGUCUAGAUGAUUUUCGCAAGAUCGUUGUUCGCUGCAACAUGAUAAAAGACUCGCAGAAUUCUUGA